AUGCUUAAAAACUUAAGAAAUAAAAUAAAAGAAAAAUUAACUUAUUCUUUGUUAUCAUCACAAGAGUUUGAUAAUAAUAAGGAUUAUUAUCAACAACCAUGUCCAGAGGAUAAUGCAAAUUUAUGGUCAAGGCUAACAUUUGGAUGGGCUCAAAGAAUGCUAAUUUCUGGUUAUUUCAAUGGUCCACUUGAAAUGAGUGAUAUCAAUGAUCUUCCAAAAGAUAUUAAAGUUCAAUCAUCUAUUCAAUUAUUAAAUAAUAUUAAUUUAAAUAAAAAUAAUAAUAGUAGAUGGCCUUUAAUUAAACAUUUUUAUAAACAAUUUUUAUAUAGAAAUAAAUUAACAAUAUUCUUACAAAUCCUAACAAACAUUCUAUCUAUACUAUCACCAUUAUCUUUAAAAUAUUUUAUUCAAUUUAUUCAAUCAACAAAUAAAGAGAGAUCAUUUUUAGCUGGAAUUGGAUAUUGUAUAUUAUUAUUGAUAGCAUCAUUUUCAUAUACAUUUUCUCAACAACUUUUAAUGUGGUUUGCAAUGAAGAGUUCACUUGAAAUUAAAGGAUGUUUAUCAAUAAAAGUUUAUGAAAAAACAUUAAAACUUACAACUUGUGGAGGAAAGAAUUAUAAUCCAGGUUCAAUUAUGAAUUUAUUAUCAGUUGACGUUGGAAUUAUUUCAAAUUUCUUUUGGAUUGAACAUAUGGGUAUAUUUGCAUUCUCUUCACAAAUGAUUGGAUUACUUGCAUUAUUAUGUUGGGUAAUUGGUUGGAGUGGUUUAGUUGGUUUUGCUAUUAUGGUUAUAACAUUUCCAAUAAAUACAUAUAUUGGAUCAAAAAUUGGUAAAAAUUUAAAAGAAUCAAUGGGAUAUUCAGAUAAAAGAACAAAUUUAACAAGUGAAUUUAUAAAUGGUAUUAGAUUUUUAAAAAUGUAUGCAUGGGAAAAAUUGUUUUUAGAUAGAAUUGAAGAGCAGAGAUCAUUGCAAUUAAAGUAUCUUUAUAAGAGAAUGAUUUUUUGGAUUUUUGCUGAAAUGAUGAAACAAGCUGUUAAUGCAAUCGUUUUGGUUUUAACUUUUAUAGUUUAUUCAAUUAAUAAUGAAAUCACAUUAGAGGUUGCUUUUACAACCAUUAGCAUUUUCGUUAGUUUAAGAAUUCCUUUACUCAGAUUACCAAAUUCAAUUCAACAACUUCAAAGUUUAAUUCCAAUUGCAAAAAGAGUUGAAGAUUUUCUUAAAUCUCCUGAAAUUCAACAAAAUCAUUCUUCUAAUAGAGAGGAGGAAGAGGAAGAUGAAUAUGAUGAUGAUAUAAAUUCAGAUGGUGAUAUCUCAAUUCAUAAUGGAUCAUUUAAUUGGAAUCAAGUUGAUAGUAAUGGUAGUGGUAAUGGUAAUGGUAAUCAACAACAACAACAACAACAACAACAACAACAACAACAACAACAACAACAACAACAACAACAAUCAUACACUUUAAAUAAUAUUAAUUUUAAAGCACCAGCAGGUAAAUUAACAAUAAUUUGUGGUGUAGUUGGUAGUGGUAAAACUAGUUUAGUUAGUGGUUUAAUUGGUGAAAUUUAUAAAGUUAGUGGUAGAGUUAAUACUCCAAAUAAAAUUUCAUUUACAACUCAACAAUCAUUUUUAUUAAGUACAUCAUUAAGAGAGAAUAUUUUAUUUGGUAAUGAAAUGAAUUUAGAACGUUAUAAAAAAGUAAUUGAAGCAUGUUGUCUCGCACCAGAUUUAUUACAAUUAGCAGCUAAAGAUUUAACAGAGAUUGGUGAACGUGGUAUUAAUUUAUCAGGUGGUCAAAAACAACGUAUAUCAUUAGCACGUGCAUUAUAUGCAAAUUCAGAUUGUUAUAUUUUAGAUGAACCUUUAUCAGCUGUUGAUCCAGAAGUUGCAACUCAUUUAUUCAAUCAUUGUAUUCAAGGUAUGAUGAAUGAUAAAACACGUAUACUAAUUACACACCAACUUCAAUUCAUUCCAUCAGCUGAUCAUAUAGUUGUUGUUGAUAAUGGUAAAUUAGUUCAAGGUACUUAUUCAGAAUUAAAAUCAAAAGGUAUUGAUUUCGAAUCAAUUAUGAAAACAAAGAAAUUAAAUAUUGAUAAUCAACAACAACAGCAACAGCACGAAAAAGAAAAUGAUAUAGUUUUAAGUGAUGAAGAUAGUAAUAAUAGUAUUAAGAAUAAUAAUAAUAUUUCAAAUUUAAUAGAUAUUGAUGAAGUUAUAAGUGAUGAAAAUGAUUCAAAUUUAAUUGAGAGAUCAAAAUUAUUAGUAGAUGAGGAUAGAAAUGAAGGAUCAGUUAAUUUAAGAGUUUAUAAAGAAUAUUUUAAACAUGGUUCAUCUAUACCAUUGUUUAUUAUGACAUGCAUAGUUUAUAUGAUUAGCCAAAUCAUUUAUCAAAUGUCAGAUUUUUGGUUAUCAACAUGGUCACAACGUUCAAUACCUGAUAAAACAGAUAAAUAUUAUAUAUCAAUUUAUUUAUUGUUUAUAGUGGGUUUUAUAAUUUUCUUGGUAAUUAGAUAUUUUAUGAUGGCACAUGUUACAUUUUCAGCAUCAAAGAAUUUACAUCAAUCGUUAUUAAAAUCGGUUGGUUUUGCAAGUUGUCAAUUCUUUGAUACGAAUCCAUCAGGUCGUAUAUUAAAUAGAUUUAGUAAGGAUAUUAGUGAUGUGGAUUUAUUAUUAUUCGAUUUAUUCUCUGAUGUGCUUUAUUGUGGUUCAACAGUGCUGGUUUCAAUUGGUAUAAUGAUUUAUAUUAGUCCAUUAAUAAUUAUACCAUUUCUAUUAUUGAUUGGUAUUUAUUAUUUCAUUCAAAGAUUAUAUACAGAAUCAUCAAGAGAAUUGAAACGUUUAGAAGCAAUUUCAAGAAGUCCAAUAUUUUCAUUGUUACAAGAAUCUUUUAAUGGAUUGGUUACAAUUAGAAGUUAUAAACAACAAAAUAAAUUCAUUUCAAUGAUGCAAGAUCGUAUAAACACUAAUCAUCGUUUAUCAUAUUAUGGAUUUUCAGUUCAUAGAUGGGUAGCAGUUCGUUUGGAAUUCAUUUCUUCAAUUGUAGUUUUUUUGGCUGCAUUCUUCUCCCUAUUCAAUUCAAAUGCUGGUUUCUCUGUUUUAUCUGUUACAACUGCAUUGGGAAUGUGUAGUUAUUUAAAUUGGACAGUUAGACAAAUGGUUGAACUUGAAGUUAAAAUGAAUUCAGUUGAAAGAAUUGAAAGUUAUUUAAAUAUUCCAAAAGAAGGUAAUUCUAAAAUUAACUUUUUCAGAAAUGAACAACAAGAAGAAGAAGAAGAAGAAGAGGAGGAAUUUGAUUUUGAUAAUGAUGAUUAUGAUGGUUUUAAAUUAUCAAAGAAAUGGCUUACUAAAGGUGAAAUUGAAUUUAGAAAUGUUGAAAUUAAAUAUGGUCAUUCAGGAGAAUCAAGUUUAAAAAAUUUCACAUUAAAAAUAAAUCAAAAAGAUCAUAUUGGUAUUGUUGGUAGAACUGGUGCAGGUAAGAGUACAAUUGGUAAUGGUUUGUUUCGUAUGGUUGAAUGUUCUAAAGGUUCAAUUUUAAUUGAUGGCGUUGACAUUUCAAAGAUUGGAUUACACGAGUUAAGAAGUUCACUUGGUAUUGUCCCACAAGAUCCAUUCAUUUUCUCUGGUACUAUUCGUUUAAAUAUCGAUCCAUUUAAUAAAUACACUGAUAGUGAAAUUUGGGUAGCUUUAGAAAAGGUUAAAUUAAAAUCAACAAUUUCAUCAAUGCCAUUAAAAUUAGAAACUAUGAUAGAAGAAGGUGGUGACGGUUUAUCGUUUGGUCAAAAGCAAUUACUUUGUUUAUCAAGAACAAUUUUAAAGAAUUCUAAAGUAGUCCUAAUGGAUGAAGCUACCUCUGGUAUAGAUUAUGUAACAAGUGAUUUAAUUAAACAAACUAUUAAUAAUUGUUUUAAAAAUUGUACAAUGCUAACAAUUGCACAUAGACUCGAUACAAUCAUUGAUAGUACUAAAAUCGCUGUUAUUGAUAAAGGUAAAUUAAUAGAAUAUGAUACACCAAAUAAUCUCAUUGAAAAUCAAGAAUCAAGAUUCAGUAAAUUAGUAAAACAUCAUCAUAAUCUAUUUAAAGAAAAGUAA